AUUACAAACACUUUAGCCUCCAAAAACAGUUGAGUUGUGUUAGCGUCCAGUUUGGAGAAUCAUGUCUGGUCGUGGCAAAGGAGGAAAGGGCCUCGGUAAAGGUGGUGCUAAAAGACAUCGUAAGGUUUUGCGAGAUAACAUUCAAGGUAUUAGCAAGCCCGCUAUUCGCCGCUUGGCUCGUCGAGGUGGUGUCAAGCGUAUUUCAGGGCUUAUUUAUGAGGAGACCCGUGGUGUUUUGAAGGUGUUUUUGGAGAAUGUGAUCUGCGAUGCUGUUACCUAUACUGAACACGCUAAGAGGAAAACUGUUACAGCUAUGGAUGUGGUGUAUACUCUAAAACGCCAGGGCAGGACUCUCUACGUUUUUGGAGGCUAAAGUGUUUGUAAUUAAGAAACUGACCCAAAGGCCCUUUUAAGGGCCGC